AUGGCAAUGCGACGCUCAGCGGCGCAGCUCUCUAAGAGCUUGGCCAAGACACCGGCAGCCACGUCUUCUCGAAAGCUCAUGCUCCCGAAGCACCUCGCAAGCCAAUCGCGAAAGCUUGCGACGGUGCCACCAGUCACACAGGAUGCGACGGGGUCGAAAGGCCCGACGGCCAUGGUCUUUCUCAACAUGGGCGGUCCUCAAACGACAGAUGAAGUUGGAGACUUCUUGAGUCGACUCUUUGCGGAUGGCGAUUUGAUUCCCCUCGGUCGUUUCCAGAACUAUGUUGGUCCUCUGAUUUCGCAAAGACGGACGCCCAAGAUUCAAAAACAAUAUGCUGAAAUUGGCGGAGGCUCCCCCAUCCGCAAGUGGUCCGAGUACCAGAACGAGGAGAUGUGCAAGAUUCUCGACAAAAUCUCUCCCGAGACAGCACCGCACAAGCCUUACGUUGCGUUCCGAUAUGCCAACCCCUUGACAGAAGAAAUGUACAACCGACUGCUGGACGACGGGUUUGGUCGUGGCAAGGGAGGUCGAGCUGUCGCAUUCACUCAAUACCCGCAAUACUCUUGCUCGACCACAGGGAGCAGCAUCAAUGAGCUGUGGAAAUGGAGACAAAGACUAGAGGGCAAGGAUGCGGCCUCAGGCGUUCCUGGCGACGGUACCAUCAACUGGAGUGUCAUCGACCGAUGGCCCGUUCACUCAGGUCUGGUAGAGGCGUUUGCGCAGAACAUCGAGAAAAAGCUACUUGAGUACCCCGAAGAGCGUCGCAAGGACGCUGUCCUGCUCUUCUCCGCACACAGUCUGCCCAUGUCUGUGGUCAACCGAGGCGACCCCUACCCGCCCGAGGUUGCCGCCACAGUCUACGCUGUCAUGCAGCGGCUCAAGUUCUCAAACCCCUACCGUCUCUGCUGGCAGUCUCAAGUUGGCCCUUCGGCGUGGCUUGGCCCCCAGACUUCGGACACUGUUGAGGGCUAUGUCCACAAGGGCCAGAAGGACCUCGUCCUUAUUCCCAUCGCCUUUACUUCUGACCAUAUCGAGACGCUGUAUGAGAUCGACAAGGAAGUUAUCCCGGACUCCGGCUCUCCGGAUACUGUGAAGCGUGUCGACAGUCUCAACGGCAGCCCGGUCUUCAUCCGUGCGCUGGCCGAUAUUGCCAAGGCUCACCUUGACAGUGGCAUUGCUUGUUCGCCGCAGAUGGAGCUGAGAUGCCCUGGCUGCAAGAGCGAACGCUGUGCGGAGUCUAAGAAGUUUUUCAGCUCCCAAGGUCGAGUGCUCGGAGCAGGAGAUGUAGCUCUGACUAACUCCAUGUUUGCCCUGAAAUCUUCGACAGCACUGAGCAGUCGUGCUUUUUCUGGUGUCUCACGAGAAGCUAUGAGUUCGCAGGACAAAAUCUUCUUCGGAGCGUUUGAGGUUACACAACAGGUCUUUCUGAGAACGCCUCAUUGCUUUGCCGUCGUCAACCUGAAGCCUCUUCUCCCUGGCCACGUCCUGGUCUGUCCACUCCGGCCGCAUAAGCGCCUGACGGACCUCACAACACCUGAAGUGACGGACCUCUUCACGACGACGCAGCGCGUGCAGAAGAUGCUGGCGCGGCACUACUUCAAGGCAUCGUCAGAUGGAUCAUCAUCGCCGUCACAUGCCCCGCCCGAGGCUGGGGCCUUCAACAUUGCCCUCCAAGACGGUGCUGGCGCGGGCCAGACAGUGCCGCACGUUCAUGUGCAUAUUCUGCCCCGGAUUCCAGGUGAGACAAGCAAGGACCCGGGGCCCAAGGAUGAGAUCUAUGAACAAAUGACUAGCGAGGAGGGAAAUGUUGGCGGCGCGCUAUGGGAUGCCGUGGUCCGGGAGAAAGGAGCCAGGCCACGUCCAGGGGGCGCGUUCCCUCACAUUGACGAUAGUGCAAGGAAACCGAGGAGCAUGGAAGACAUGGUGGCCGAGGCGGAGAUCUAUAAGAAAGCUCUGCAGGAGCUGUAG